UGUCAUUGUCCAAAGUUUCUACUUAUUUUCAUGCCUUUUUAUAUGGUUAUAUCUCGGUAUUUGUGAUUUAAGGACAGUUUAAGUACAGUACAGUGGCUUACUGUAAUUAAAUUUCGCAUGUUAUAGUAGAAAAUAAAUAUCUACUAUUUCUUGAACAAUGGCUACAAGGUUCAUAAAAAAUAUAUUAAACAGAACUCCUACUAUUUUAUUAAGAAGAUGGAAAAAUACUGAAAGACAAGUUACAGUAUAUGAUCCAUUUCAGAAAAUAGAGAAGAAUAAAGAAUCCUACUUAGAUGUUAUAAAAAUAUUCGAAGGGCGAGACCAAAGGCGUCGAGGUCAUGUGGAAUUUAUUUAUGCAGCUUUAUCUAGAAUGGCAGAAUUUGGUGUUCAAAAGGAUUUAGAAGUAUACAAAGCUCUUAUCGAAGUCUUACCUAAAGGAAAAUUUAUACCGACAAAUAUAUUCCAAGCUGAAUUUAUGCAUUACCCAAAACAACAACAGUGUGCUGUAGACUUGCUGGAACAAAUGGAAGAUAAUGGUGUAAUGCCAGAUUCAGAAAUGGAACAGAUGUUAUUGAAUGUGUUUGGUCGCCGUGGGAUACCUCUUAGAAAAUUCUGGAGAAUGUUGUACUGGAUGCCAAAGUUCAAGAACCUCAGCCCAUGGUAUUUACCAGAACAAUUACCAAAUGACACCUUAGAAUUAGCUAGACUUGCUAUUGAAAGGAUAACUUCUGUUGAUCCUAGUACUAAAAUUGAAAUUUGGCAGACAGAUGAGAUAGAGGCAUCAAUUGAUAAGACAUGGAUUGUAAGUGCCCAAAGUGAAGGUCAAAAAGCAUUGCUGGCAGAGCAACCUGUUGAUGAUCCAUUGAUUGUGAAGGGGCCUUAUACAGUCCACCUAAGGGAACAAACAGUAACAUAUUUUUUACUAAUAGGAAAAAUUAGGCCAGAUAUGAAAGAUGACACGGAUCCAGAUGAUGUUUCUAAUAUAAGAAAACCUCCCGGUAUACCUGGUUUUGUUGGAAGUACAAAACUUCCAUCAGUGAAAUGUACAGUACAUGAACAGGAUGAUGGUACAAUUGUUUCCGUUUGUGCAACAGGUAGCUCGUCAAGAGACUCGCUAUUGUCCUGGAUACGAUUAUUAGAAAAAAAUGGUAAUCCAUCCCUAACUAGCACACCCGUAAUAUUUACGUUAACUGCUCCAUCAACUGACAUCUCAAUACAAGAACCUCCUCCAACUGCAGAAGAUACGAGCAAAGAUAAAAGGAUAGAAUCAAAUUAAUAUAUAAAUUAAUAUUGUAAAUUGUAUAAAUAAUAUUUAAUUUUAUUGUUUAUGUAGUGUUAAUAAAUAGUUAUUGUUAUACACUAAA